GCCUUUUCAUUGAUUAAACGUAUCUAUUGUGCAUAAAUGGCAGGGCUGCGUGAAUGGUUUUCUCAGACAGAUGAAAGCCACACGGUUCCAAGGAUGUCAGUAAUGGUCAAUAUGACUUCGAAUUCUGCUUCUUCUAGAAAGGAACAGAAAACACAGGAGAAUUCCAUUCAGCCUAAUCUGUCACUGGAUCAGAUGCAUUCUAAUAGCAGACACUCUGUUAUGUUGGAUGAAGACUCUGAUGAGGAUGAGGAUUAUCAAAUUCCAGAGCCUGAACAGGAGGCAUAUGCAGUCAAACUUGAAAACGCUAUCAGACAUGCAGAUGAGGAGCCUUCUGAUCAAAUUGAUUUGUCUGGCUUUUCUGGCAAUUUGCGCCGGGAUGACCAGGAGAAAAGUCGUGAUUGCUGGAGAAUAUCUGAUGGGAAUAACUUCAGAGUUCGUAGUAACCAUUUUAUAUAUGACAAAACCAAGAUUCCUGCUGGAAAGCAUCUUAUGGAGCUUGUAGCAGUUGAUUGGUUUAAGGAUGUGAAACGAAUGGACCAUGUGGCAACGCGAAAAGGCUGUGCAGUCCAAGUUGCAUCAGAGAAAGGACUAUUCUCAUUGGCAAUAAAUGUGCAAGUUCCAGGCUCAACUCAUUACAGUAUGGUCUUUUAUUUUGUAACAAAACAGCUGGUACCUGGAUCACUAUUGCAGCGUUUUGUUGAUGGUGACGAUGAGUUCCGUAAUAGUAGGUUCAAGCUUAUUCCUUCUGUUCCUAAGGGCUCUUGGAUUGUACGCCAGAGUGUUGGAAGCACCCCUUGUAUAUUAGGCAAAGCAGUUGAUUGCACCUACAUUCGUGGACCCAAAUACUUGGAAGUAAGAAAAUUCUGUUACGAUAAGAUUCUUACUCUUAUGUGGAAUUUUGUGUCCAAACUGUUUAGCAAGAUGAAUUUCGAUUUGAAGCUGCUGAGAUAUAAGGCGUCUUAUGGAAACACUUUUGACGAGCUUCCAGAACGGCUUAUUGGUGCUGUUCGCGUGUCACAUGUCGAGCUGUCAUCUGCAGUUAGUGCCAGUGCUGGAGUCUGGCCCUUCAGCAGAAUGAAACCGUCGACAAAUAUUCAACUUCUGUUAUCUUCCCCCCUCCCUCUUUCCAUCAUUGUCAUCAGCAAGGAAUGUGCCCCAUGUGAUUUUGCAGACAUUGCAGAGUGCGGCACGACCCCUAAAUGA